AGCUUCCAAACGUGUCAUUUUAUUCCACGUCGCGUAGAACGUCCAAUCUUCACCAACACUCGAGUAGCUGCGCUUCUUCACAAGUAAUACCCCAACCUAGGGCGCGUCGUCAUGAUGAACCUUUUCAGGGUGUUAGGGGACUUGUCCCAUCUACUAUCCAUUCUGAUUCUCUUGCACAAGAUGAAGACCUCAAGCAGCGCGGCUGGUAUCUCGUUCAAGUCGCAGUUUCUGUAUUUGAUCGUAUACCUCAGUCGAUACAUUGACCUCCUGUGGACUUUCUACGACCCCAAUGCGCUGUACAAUACCGUCUUCAAGAUCGUCUUCAUCUCUACGUCCGCGUAUACCGUAUACUUGAUGCUCAACGAUUUCAAGCCCACCCACGAUCCGAAUCUCGAUACCUUCAAAGUACAGUACUUGCUGGCGAUCAGCACGGUGCUGGCGAUUCUGUUUCCAUACAAAUAUACCUUCACCGAGAUCCUCUGGGCUUUCUCCAUCUGGCUUGAGUCGGUCGCUAUCUUGCCACAGCUCUUCAUGCUUCAAAGAACUGGGGAAGCGGAAACAAUAACAACUCACUACCUGUUUGCGCUGGGCGCUUACCGAGCUCUGUAUAUCCCCAACUGGAUUUACAGGUACUUCUUCGAUGUCCCGCGUUUCUACGACCCGAUUGCGGUCAUUGCGGGCAUCAUCCAGACAGUUCUGUACUCAGAUUUCUUUUACAUCUACUACACUAAGUCAGUAUCCCACUUACAAACGCCUAAAUUGAGUGAUCACCAAUGCUAACGUACACUAGGGUUGUACAAGGCAAGAAAUUCA